AUGCCGGCGGCAGAGAAAGGCGAGCUCAUCCAUGGACUCACGGUGAAGGAGGUUGACGCCCUGUCCAAGGGAUGUCUUGAAGCGCGCCAAAGGGCAUACUGCCCGUACUCCCAAUUCCGCGUCGGCGCCGCUCUGCUCAUCCACCCCACCUCGACCUCGCGCUUUGCCUCGACCGCCACCCCGAAUGCGGAUGAUGCCCCCCAAAUCAUCCUUGGCGCCAACGUCGAGAACGCCGCCUACCCCGUUGGCACCUGCGCCGAGCGCGUCGCCGUCGGCACCGCCGUGACGUCGUUCGGCUAUGGCAGGGGCGACAUCAAGGCCGUCGGCGUGGCUACCGACUUGCGCGAGGAGCAUUGCAGUCCGUGUGGCAUGUGCAGGCAGUUUCUGAGGGAGUUCUUGGAGUUGGAUACCCCGAUCUUUAUGCAUACGAGCGAGGGGAAGUACGUUGUGAAAACCAUGGGAGAGCUGUUGCCCAUGAGCUUUGGCCCGGAUGUGCUGCCGCCGCCGGAAAAGCUGUUGGCACAGAGGCAGGAGCAGGGAAAUGGGGCGAAGUGA